UACCUGACGGACCCUUUCCCAGGACGCCCCGCGCGAGCCUGUCGCGGUUGCCAAGGCAACGCGCUGGCGGUGGUAUGGCGCGGCCCGGCCUUCCCGCGUUCCUGCUGGCGCUCCUGGGCUGCUCGGCCUCGGUGAGCGCGCAGGCCGCGGCCACACCCGCGGAGACCACGGAAGGCCUCAACUCCACCGAGGCGGCCGCGGCCACUCCCGGACCCUCCCUGUCGCCGAGGACCCUCGGGUCCCCCCGGGCCCCGGAGCCCCCAUCCGGCCCCAGGCCCGUCCCAGUCACAGACGUUGCCUCUCUGUGUGUCUGUGACUUGUCCCCAGCACAGUGUGAUAUCAACUGCUGCUGUGAUCCUGACUGUAGCUCCACAGAUUUCAGUGUCUUCUCUACCUGUUCAGUUCCAGUUGUCACGAGUGAUAGCCAGUUUUGUAGUCACAAAGCAGCCAUCUACUCACUGAAUUUCACAGCAAACCCUCCACAGAGGGUGUUCAAACUUGUUGACCAGAUCAAUCCAUCCAUCUUCUGCAUUCAUAUUACGAACUAUAAACCUGCACUGUCCUUUAUUAAUCCAGAAGUGCCUGAUGAAAACACUUUUGACAGAUCCAUGAAGACAUCUAGUGGUUUCAUGUUGAAUACUGAAUCAGAUGUUUCUCUUAGAACCAGUCAGGAAGCUCUAGACACUGCGAAGUAUAAGUAUGGGGAUCCUAUACAGACUUCACACACAUCUUCACCUUCAUUUCUGUGGCUUCCUUCACCCCUCUCCACGUCUCUGUGCACCGACGGCAGUCCUGCAGGGUUUCUGGUGAAUAAGGCUGUUAAGUGCACCCGAAGAGUGCGUGUGGAGCAGUGUGGAGAAACCGAGGCCCUGAGCAUGGCUCAUUACAGCAGCCCUGUGAUUAUGGGGGUGCCUAAUUCAGCAACACAUGUGCCCAUCACCAUUCAGUCCAUCACCGUCCGUUCUCAGAACCACACGCUGAGUCGGCUGGAAGACACGGCAGUCCUGCGGCCGACUCUCCUCACCGGCCAGGAUGGACUCUGCAUUAACGUUGUUCUUGAGGUCAAGUACAGCCUCACGUACACAGAGGCCGGGAGCAUAUCAUCUGCAAGUGUUGCCUUCCUCCUGGGCUCUCUCAGCGGUGCAGUGGCCAAUGUGCAGCAGAAGUUUGAAAUUCACUUUCUCCAGCAACACACAAAGCCAGUUCCUGUGAGUGGAAACCCGGGCUACGUGCCAGGGCUCCCGCUGCUGGCUGGCUUUCGGCCUCACAGUGGAUAUCCUUUUUUGGGUCUGGUAAGAAAGACCCUCAAUAGACAUGGACAGCUCACCAUCCUCCACAGCGGGCCCGAGCAAGACUGCUUUGCAGGCUUGGGACCCCGGACCCCAGUGCUGUUUGGCUAUGACAUGCAGUCUGGCUGUCGACUAAGGCUGAGCACCGCUGUCCCGUGCGGGCUGGCUACGCAGAAGGUCGUGGCGCUGCUGAUGGGCCAGGCCUUCCCCGACUACAUGGCCUCCUUCGGAAACUCGCGGCCCCAGGACAUCCUGGAUUGGGUGCCUGUCCACUUCGUCACCCGCUCGUCCAGUGGGAAGGGUCCCUGCCAGCUCCCCGUGGCUCUGCUCCUGGAGGUGGAGUGGACCAAGUACGGUUCCCUGCUGAACCCCCAGGCCAGGAUCGUGAACGUCACCGCCAGCCUCCUCUUCUCCGGGCUUCCCGAGGUCCGCUCGGGGCGGGACGGCGCAGUGCUCGUGGCCAGCGCAGUGCGGUUCGUGGACGUGUCAGCGAGGGCCGAGGCCGGGCUCCGGGCGCCACCCGCCAUCCACGCACGGCUGCCCCCCGGCUUCUUCUUCCCUUUCGGGUGACGUAAGUGUGCGGGCUGGAUGAUCUUCAGGUCCAAGAUGAGCUGGGCCAACACCAGGAGGGCAUCCAGGAUAACCAGGCAGAUGAUGAACACCUGCAGGCCGCAAGGACAACAGCGGGCCCUCGGUUCAGGUGCAGGCCUCUGGACGCCUGGCAUGGGUGCCUACCACCACCCACCAGUGCCCAGAGUGCCCCUGCUCCCUGCUGGGCCUUUCUGCACUGUCUCCCAUACCAUCGCCCAAGGGCUACCUUCUCAAAGGACUUCUUAGUUGUAUAGUAUCUAGAGGACCCUAUAUUCUUCUCCUCACAUAUGGUGUAUACACACGCACAUCCAAGGGAAGCUGGG